GGAACCUGGCAAGCGUGCAAAACCCUGAAGACAAACCAAUUCACCAAUCCAGUUCACUCCUUAGGCUAGGCACUGUCCGUGUUAUACCUUCGAGUUUCUCAAUUUCCUGGGCGCGGGCCUUGGGCGAAGCUAGACGUCAAGCCCGCGAAGCAGAGCCCCAAAUGGCCUUGUAGCGCAUAACGAUAGAAAAAGAGCCUUCCUAUAUGUUUUAAGGGCGCUGCGGCGAUCAGGCGACGUCGGCUCGCCCCAGCGGACUUGGCUCUGCGCGAUUGUUUCACGCACACUGGGGCCUUGAGCAAGGCGCCCGCUCAUCGCAGGCAGCAGGUACGUCGACUGGGCCUUGAUGAACGCGCCAGUGCUACCAGGCUCUCUCUCUCUCCAUCCGCACAUGAUCCCCAUCAAGGUCUCUGAGAGCUACGUCCGUCCCGGCCUGGAGGCGCGCCUGUUUCCCGACCACCCGCACUUCCUGAGCCUGGACGACGUGUAUGCGGUCUUCCCCAGCGGCGUCAUCAACCAGAAGUCCUUCAGCCACAGCGGCUACACUUGGAAGCUGGUGAACCGGCUUAUGGCCAACGGCAACAACAUAUACCUGGCACUCCUCAGCAUAACCGUGCUGGACGAGUCGCAGCUUUCUAACGGCUAUACCAACGGCGUCGGCGAGCGCACCACCAACACAACCACUGCCACCACCAACAUUGGCUCGGGGCACUACACGCCGGUGGCGACGCCGGACGCGGUUCAGCGGCUGCGCAGCCAGCCGCUGGACUCGUACAUGGUCAACACCAGCCAGGAAUCCGACGGCUUCGGCGGCGCCGCCGGCGGCAUCACCGACAUCACGCCGCCCUACCUCCAGGGCGGGCCGCAGCACUCGCAGCAUGGGCUGCCGCCCAUGCCGGGCCACCCGCAGGCCGCCUCCAGCUCGGCGGGCAUGCACGGCGCCGCCUCCGCGCCGGGGCCGCUGGCGACGCUUCCGUCGGGCACGUACCGCAACGGCAACGCCAGCAUGGGCAGCCUGGGCAGCAUCCGCGAGCGCACCGGCAGCCUCAACAGCAUGCAGCACGCGCUGGUGGCCACGCAGGGAGGCGGGGGAGGAGGAGGCGGCGGCGGGUUGGGGCACCACGGCCUGGGGCACUGCCUGUCCAUGGGUGCGGGCGGCAUGGCGCAGGCGGCCUUCAGCGGCGGCGUCAACUUCACGCGGGAGGCCAUGACGGCAACCGACAGCCCUGUGCCCGUGGAGCGGUACAAGGCCAUCAGCCGCAUGAUCAGGGGCCUGGAGCGGGUGGUGGCUGCCAGCGGCCUGCCCUGCAGCUCCAUGCACAACGCCGUGGUGGUGGCCAACGAGCCGGCCUGGCUGCAGCAGGACGGACAGAACCUGCUUCGUCAGAUCCUUGUGAUUGCGGAGUGCCUCAACAAGUUCCCCACCGCCGAGUACGCCGAUGGCGGCAAGGGCAACAACGCCACGCGCGCCAUCACAGCCAAGGACUUUGACGAGCUGGUCCGUCAGUUCAUCCUGGCGCACGGCGGCGUGUUCACGGACGAGUUCCUGGGCCGGCUCCCGCACGAGCUGCUGGAGCUGCGUGACGACCUGGAGGCCAACAGGGGGCUGCUCAUGACGCGCUACAGCACCAACGACAAGGUGUUCGGCGCGCUCAUCCAAGCGGUGGGCCACGAGCCCUCCGGCGGCGGCGCCAUGGUCUUCAACGCCACCUCCGUAUCCGCCAACCCCGUCAACCACAUGCUGGCCGCGCCCAAGACGCUGGUCAACACCGUGUCAAAUGCCUGGAGCAAGGCCGACACGAAGCGCCGGACCCAGAUGGGGGCGCUGGGCGCGGUGGCUGUGGUGGCGCUGUGGGUGCUCAAACGCAAGCUGUUUGGCGGAGGGGGAGGGGGCGGAGGAGGGGGGCGCGGGCGGCGCGGCGGCGGCUGGGAGGACAGCGAGGACGGCUACAGCGGCCGCAGGCGGCGCGGCGGCGGCGGCGGCGGCGGCGAGCUGGUGGACCGACUGGUGGACCGGCGCGCGGCGGCGGAGCACACCAGCGUGCGCUACGUGGCGGCCUGCCAGGACGAGCUGCGGCGCGCGGCCAAGAACGACGCCCUGCUGCGAGCCGACUGGCGGCUGGGCCCGGUGCGGUUGGCGCUGCCGGGCAGCGGGCCAGUGCCGGAGGGCUACGAGUCGGUGCAGCCCGAGUACUGCAACGUGGACGCGCUGAUCCAGGACUUGAAUGACCGGCGGGCGCUGAAGCGGCCGCUGCGGCGGCCCGGCGGCUCGGCGGGCGCGGUGGGGCCGGCGGGGCUGGAGCGGAUUGGGGAGUGAGGCGGUGGGAGGGAUGGGGCGGUGGUGUUGUGAUGGGGUUAUGGGGAUGAGGGAGAGGGGUGGCGGGUUGGAGUGGAAGCGAGGUGGCGGGUUGGAGUGGGUAGGAGCGGGUAGCGUGUAUUGGUAAUGGCUGGGAGGUUGCGGGGGCAGCUGAUGGGUAGGGCGUGUUCGGCGGGCCUGUGUGGUUCAAGUUGUCAGGUUUGGCAAGGCAGGCGGUUGGAGACCAAUAAGCACUUGGACUUAUGACAGCAGUGCUGCCCCUAGGGCGUAUUCUAGCUAGGUACAUACGCAAAAUACGGACGGUAGAGUAUAAAGAUCUGAUGAAGUGCCUGAGCACGUGCAGGGGUGUAGCCCUCUGGAGUCUGGACCCCGUCCGCGCUUGUAUUGCAGCAGGAUGCAUAUUGGGUCGGUAGCAGAGGGCAGCAGUUGGCAGCUGACUGUUUGCGUCGCUCGAAGGCGCGCCUGUAAGAUUACAUGAAG